AUGAGCAACCACGACAUUGAACGCAUCAAGAGCUUGCUUGGUACACACGAGGAUUUUCCUCAAAAGGGUAUUGUGUUCAAGGACAUGUUCCCUGUUUUCCAAGACCCCACUGCUGUCGAAGCUCUCAUCUGUAACAUCGUUCAUCACAUCAACUCUACCUAUACCGAAAAUAUCGAUGCUGUUGUUGGUCUCGAUGCUCGUGGUUUCUUGUUUGGCCCUUUGAUUGCCCUUCGUUUGGGUGCUGCUUUCGUUCCCGUUCGUAAGCAAGGCAAGUUGCCUGGAGAGUGUGCCCAAGCUACCUAUGUCAAGGAGUACGGAGAGGAUGUUUUUGAGAUCCAAAAGUCUGCUCUUAAGGAAGGCCAAAAUGUCAUUGUCAUUGAUGAUUUGAUUGCCACUGGUGGUUCUGCUGCUGCUGCUGGUGAACUCAUCAAGAAGUGCAAUGCCAAGACCAUUGAGUACGUCUUUGUGAUGGAACUUGACUUCUUGAACGGCUCCAAGGUCUUGGAUGCUCCCGUUUACUCUUUGAUUCACUUGUAA